UUGACAUUUCAAGGUCAUGUUACAGCGCCCCCUAGUUAAAAAAACAAAACAAAAAAAAGCAUCGCCUUGUUACUCUAUAUGUUUAUUUAUGGCUCCAAACCGUGUUGACAGUUGUCAUGUUGAAGGGAGACAUCAAAUUGAAGUGAGGCGGUGUGUGGGAGCUCCCGGUGUGGCCCUCUGAUGGUUUCAUUGGUAUUUGAUGUACGACCCGCCCCUCUUUCCUCAUCCUCCGCGCUGCGCCGCUCCACACACCCGGCGCACCAGCGGGACAGUCCGACUGCAGCAGCGGCUCUCUCGGAGCACAGGAACCGAAGAAAAAGACUUUUUUAAUUGUUUUUAUUGGGAAGAUAAUUAAACCGGAGUCAGCCAGUCUCCUAUUCAUCGUGUCGCAGUUUUCUCUGGAAUUGGAGCCAGUGGAGCAGCUGACCAGGGUGGUAGCAGCCAGGCCUUGCCUAAAAAGAGGCACCCUACCAGGGGCAAUGGAGUUGAUGAAGGAUUAGAGGAUAAUCCAGGAUGUUUCCAUGGUGCGACCGCAGAGCAGUUUGCAGCUGGACUGAGACCUAUUUCUGAGCUGAUGUCGACAAAGCCAAGGCCUAAGGCAAGCGGGGGAAACCAGGCGACCUGACCACACUCCAACUGGCCCGGCUGCUUCCAGGAACAGAACUGCAGUGUUCUCCUCAAUUUAUGUCCGCUUAAUUCAGCCAGCUAUGCAUAACAACGAGCUACAAAGAGUGGGACAGAGUUUGGCCUGCACAUGAUAAACAGAGAUAAUAUUCCAGUGAACUAUUUGGUGCUGCAGGCCUGGAGUUUAACAUUUCGGCUCUAGAAAUUACACAGUUUCAAGAUCUUGGAAUAACUUUACAGAGCUAUUUUUUAAGUUUGUACUUUGGACUGCUGAACUGUCCAUGCUUUUGCCAUAAAUCUAAGAGGAGAGUUGAACUUUGCUUGUUCAGUUUGACCAUUCAGUGGGAUUAAGGGUGAUCAUCAAGCUAAUUCUCAAGAAUUACUUACUAACGCCUUUUGACCAUGAAUCUUCAAGAAAAGCUGUCGGGCCUAAAAGGUCUGGUCACUCACUCCCACAGCAAGCGUCGCUUCAAAGGCGACCUCACAUUGGACAUGAUCAGCCCACCUUUGGGUGAUUUCCGCCACACCAUGCAUGUGGGGCGCGGCGGCGAUGUGUUUGGGGACACCUCAUUCCUCAGCAACCAUGGCGGCACGGCCAAUGGGAACAACGCGGAAACGGAAUCUAUCUCCAGCCCUGAUAACAAGAUCGGAGCAUUCUUCUCCAGGACGCUCCGUCAAAUCAGGAGGGGCUCUGACAACCGACCCAGAGAAGCAUCUAAGGAGCUGUCACCGCCACCUCCCCCUGUUUCUCCCAUCAUCAAGAACGCCAUCUCUCUUCCCAGGCUGGAUGUGGAUAUGCCCAAUGGGAGCCCCACCACCAAAUUGCUCUUCCCCAGUUCUCAAAAUACGCCAGAGGAAAAGAAAAGCUCUUAUGGUUUGGAGUCUGGUUUCGUCACUCUGCCUCGUCUCUCCCGCUCUGAGCGUCAGCAGCCUUCCAUCUCCCUCCCCACUUCCCGCUCCCCAAACAUCCACCGCGGCUCUCUGACCGACCCCAGCGACGCCAUCUUAUCCACCUGCUCCGCCUCAAGCGUGACCUCCGACCCCAAACCCAAAACCACCGCCUACUCUGACUCCCUUCCUUCCCUCACCUCCCUAGACACCUUCACCUUCGACCUCGGCCCGUCCCUCAUGAGCGAGGUGUUCGGUCUGAUCGACGGCCACCCGGAGGAUCACAGCCACGCCUGGGAGGGAGAGGAGGCGGGGUCAGCGUGUUGGCUGACCAAUGAGGGAUCAGAGAUGGACUCGGCUACUAUCUCAUAUGUGGACUCCCUGCUGAGGGAGGACUGCGGGGGCAGCAAGAGUCUGCACGGUGGGGCUGAUUGGGAAGAGGAGGAGGGGAGCGGGAUGGAGGUUAAAGUACCUGACGUGGUGAUGGGGUCUCCUGAACGAGUGAGGUUGGGGAUGGGGAUGGAGAGCGAGCGGUUCCAGAGUGCUACAGAUGUGCUUGCACGCCACUACGGUGUCAGCCUCUUAAAGGGACAGAGCAGGAUGGAUGCAGAUUCAGAGAUGAUCAGCCAGCCCAAGAAGAAUAUGUCCUACAGUUACAUGGACGACGAGGAUGAAAUAAAAGUCUGAGCUGAGCAAAUCGAAGAUGUUUUGACACUAAACUAAAAGAAUCUUCACCUGAUGUAUGAUUUCUCUGUAACUCCAAUCAAAUCAAUCAUCUAAAAUCUUUUUAUGGUCAACGAGGCUGGCUCUUUUGACAGGAUGAUGGGAAUCCAGCAUCCUUAAUAUGGGAUACUUUUAUACAAUCAUGCAUCAAGGAUGUACAGUUUCGAUGCAAAAGUGUAGCUGAAUGUAUCUAAAAGGAGUGAACGACUUCAGCACUAGGAAGGGAGAACGCUUUUCUCAAAAAGUCAUGACUGAAACAAACAGGGGGCGUGCAAAUGAGGAUGUGCCAGAAAAUGUGGUUAUGAUCGUCUCAGAGGAAACACCAAUAUUACUCAAUAUAAGAGCCUGUAAAUCACUUUAUUAUUCACACACUUCCUCACAUACGAGGGUGGACGUUCUUGGUGCGAGAAUGGGAUUAGAAAAAUAUAUGUAUUCUUACUACAGCCUUGUUUUUUUUGCAAUCUUCACUACCAUCUCUUGUCAACUUUUCACUCAGGAAUACACUACCAGGAACCAAAGACUGCAAGGGAAAUAAGAGAUCUGGAAUCUCAGGCCUCGAUCAACAAGAGAAAUUCAAACAUCUCAGUUACUAAACUACAUGGACUGACUGAGGGGAAUAUGACAAGUAUAAUCGGUAUUUGCUAGUUGCAACUAAAGCCUAAACCAUAUAAUUGUUCAUUUUAUGCUGCAGACCUUCUAUAUAGAUACUCCAUGCACCUUUUAUAAUUAUGAAGUCCGACUCCUGUAUUGCUUUUUAUAGAAGAAUUGUCAUUUAUAUGUUCUUUUAUACGCCUGUACAUGAAGAUAUCCACUGACCUCCUUUAAAUAUGUACUUACAGUAUAAGCACCUGCAGUACAUAGUGCAAUUCACAUCCAUAUGCUGCAGUGAGUUCCAAUGGCAUACUAUGAUGAUAUAAAUUGACAAUAAAGAUGUUUUUAGUUACUUUGUA